UUACUAAGAAAUUCAUCGUCAUUUUGCAUAAGAAAAAAGUCGAAUUUUAAUAGUAAUAAAUUUUAUACGAAACGAUUAACGGUAGACGCAAAGGAAUUAACAUAUUUGUGCCAUUUUGUAAGCAAAUUAAGUGUCGAAUUCGUGGCGAGUGUUGCAAGAAAUAUAAUCAAAUUAACCUCAUCAAAUGACGACGAUUCGCAAGAAAUUGGUAAUUGUCGGCGAUGGUGCCUGCGGUAAAACUUGCCUUCUGAUCGUCUUUAGCAAAGACCAAUUUCCAGAGGUCUAUGUGCCGACUGUCUUCGAGAACUAUGUUGCCGACAUUGAAGUCGACGGCAAGCAGGUGGAGUUGGCCUUAUGGGAUACAGCUGGUCAGGAGGACUACGACAGACUGCGACCACUGAGUUAUCCUGACACUGAUGUAAUACUUAUGUGUUUCUCAGUGGACUCACCCGAUUCGCUAGAAAAUAUUCCCGAAAAAUGGACGCCCGAGGUCAAACAUUUUUGUCCCAAUGUUCCCAUCAUUUUGGUAGGCAAUAAGAAAGAUUUGCGAAAUGAUCCCAACACAAUUCGGGAUCUGGCAAAGAUGAAGCAGGAGCCGGUUAAGCCGCAGGAGGGACGCGCCAUGGCUGAAAAAAUUAAUGCCUUUGCCUAUUUGGAGUGUUCGGCCAAAUCCAAGGAGGGUGUGCGAGAGGUAUUCGAGACAGCAACUAGGGCUGCUCUGCAAGUCAAAAAACGGAAGAAGACCAGAUGCCUUUUGCUCUAAAAGAGUAAACAACAUAACAAGAAUAUAACUCUAUACACAUACAUACACGCCAACAUACCCAAACACACACGCACACCCAUACAGACAGCCAGAUACACACACACACACACACAAAACCUUUUACAACAAUUGCAAGAACAGCAUGUGGAAAUCCUGCAACUAUAAACAACUGCUAUAUCAACAAGCAAGCGUGCAAAAUUGUCAACAAAAAAAGCAAAAAAAAAAGAAGGAAGAAAGUUGAAGCGGAUUUGAUUUUAUAUACAGUCUAGCGAGUAGUUAUUAACCGAAAAGUAAACAACAAUAAUAAAUAUUGCAUUAUUAUUAUAAUUAUUUGUAAAACUCUUACGGCGACAAAUCAGUUAGUCAGUCAGACAGUCUACUCCAACUAUAGUUACAACUACAACAACAACAACAAAUACAUGCAUACUUACUCGUAUAUGUCCAUUUAAUUAUAUAUAUAUAUACCGAAUAUCUCUACGUGUGUGUACAAGUGUCAAGCAUCCUAUAUAUCAUCAUUGUAUCCGUUGAUUUCGAGAUUACAAGCAAACAAAACAUACAUAUGCAUGCAUCCAUGUGUGUGCGUGUGUGCGUGUCUGUGUAUAAACAAAAAUAGGGAGAUCUGUGUGUGUGUGUGUGUAUGCGCCUGUUGCUUGAGUGUUGAUGAUGCAGUCAAAGGCAAACAAUAUGAUUCAACGGACUACAAAUACUAAAUAAAGAGAGUUUCAUUUAAACAUUAUAAAUAGCA